AUCGAAGUCGGUAUUUGAUUAUGCAUGCCUGCCUCAUGGCCACAGAACCCGGAAGUAGAGUUCGGAUACAAAUGUAACAUUUGCUGUUUGUCUGACAAGUGCACAAGGGUCUAUCUGCUGUUCAUAUACAAGAACAAUGCGAGUAAAACAGAUGACAAGCUCUCAGAACAUCAAGGCGGUGUUGACCAGCUCCUCCUCAGGUCUAGAGGACUUCAAAGCUCACGCCGUCUUCCAGGAGAUCAAUAAAAAGCUGCAAGAGGAUGGAGAAGAGUUUGUGAAGAAGAUCGGAGGCGUGUUCGCUUUCAAGGUUAAAGAUGGUCCAGGUGGGAAUGAGGCAACGUGGAUCGUUGAUGUUAAGAAUGGAAAAGGCUCCGUUCACAAUGAAACGGACAAGAAAGCUGACUGCAAUAUUACGAUGUCUGACUCUGACCUGCUGGCGCUCAUGACGGGAAAGAUGAAUCCUCAGACUGCGUUCAUGCAGGGCAAACUCAAGAUCACUGGAAACAUGGGCUUGGCCAUGAAACUCCAAAACCUACAGCUGAAGCCGGGCAAAGCCAAGCUGUGAGAGGCGGAGCAUCGUGUGGGUGGAGUCUGGUGGAGCCCCGCCCCAUGUGCACUUAUUAGUUGGACUCAUACAGAUGUUAGUUUCUGUGCUGUGGUCAGCUCUUUUCUAACAGGUUAGAUGAAAAGUUAUUAACGGUUGCCAUUAUUUAUUUGCCCUCAUUACUUCCAAGCGUGCUUAUAUUUUCUCUGUGCAACACAAAGGGGGACAUUUUUGAUCUUUUUAAAGCUUGAUGGAGGUUUUCAGUACAAACCGUGAUGUAUGGAAAGAAAAAACGAAACGUUUAUCAACUUAUAAGUUUAUUUUGACGACGUAAAGGGCAAGUAAAUAAUGAUUUUAAUUCAUGAAAUUGUAAAGUACACUAUGAAAUGAAUACUGUUCUUAGUAAAAUCUAUUUGAUAUUAUUGAGUUGCCCCCAAUAUUCAUUUCAGAUGUAUGUGUGUUCAUUGACUUAUCAACAUAUCUUGUUUGUCUAAAUCUGUGUGUUACGGCUCAGUUUUGUUACUGUAUUAAAGGUCAAAAUGUUAAAGUGCCUGCAGGUUGUUUGGAAGAAACCUCAAUGUACAGAAGAAAGCAUUGACAGAUCUGUGGAUACAAACACAUACUUGGCUUUGAUGCACAGAAAUUCUCUUUCAUCUUUUGUAGUUAUUCCAGGUUUUCUGUUUUCAGUGUAAUCAGUAGUGUUGUGUUUACAGUACUGUAUUGAUAAACACCAGAUAUUAACGAUUAAUCGCGAUUAAUCUAUUGCAGAAUAAAAGUUUUUGUUUACAUCAUAUAUGUGUGUGAACUGUGUAUAAUAAUUAUGUUAUAUAUAUAAAUGUGCACACAUGCAUGUAUAUAUUUAAUUAAUGUUUACGUGUGUAUAUACAUUUGCUUCAUUUAUAUUAUAUAUAAAUAUUAAUACUUAAUAUAUAAAUAUUUUUUUUCUUAAAAUUAUACAUCCAUGCAUGCAUAUUUCUAUAUACAUUAUUAUUAUUAUUAUAUACAGUUCACACACAUAUGAUGAAAACAAAAACUUUAAUUCUGCUAUAGAUUAAUCGCGAUUAAUCGUUAUGCAUCCCUACAUCAGAUACAGACUUAUUAGAAGUAUCCUGCAUGUUUAUCGCAGUGUGUUGUCUGUGCAUUGAGUGUUUUCGUCUUUGUGUGCAUGUGGAUGAUUAUUUAAUUGCAGGUAAAUUUUUUCAAGUGGUUAUAUUUUUAAUUCAUUUAAUCAUUUGGUACUCAUUGUUGUCAUAGAUCACAAGAUGUUACAGACCAUAACAAUAUAAUAUUUUAUGCAAAACGUUUCUUGUAUAGCUGAAAAAUGCUAAUUUGUCUGUGUCAGUUCUGUUACUGCCAAACCAAAGUAGAGUAACAGUGCUGACAGUAUGAAUGAAAUGAAUUUGUCAGCUAUAUAAGAUAUUACAUUUUGUUACGGCCUGUAACAUCUUGUGAUCCAUGACAAUGCAUACAAAAUUUGUAUUAAAUAAUAAAAAAUAUAGCAAUCUGAAAAAGCAGGGGAAAAUAAUGACUUUGGACACCUAAUGUACUUGCAAUAUCAUAAUAACACAUGCAUCUGUCAUGCAUUUCACUAAUAUCUACUGGAUUUAAAAUCUCUUUGUACUAAAUAAAUUUAAUCUUUGGCAUUAAAUGAAA